AUGACCGAGACUACCCCCUCCCUCUCCUUCUGGGAGAGAGCCGACCUGGCUUUUAGCUUUCUCUCCAUCAUCAGAUCGGCACUUUGCAGUGCCAUUACCAGCAUAUUUCGCGGCAAGUCUGGUGCAAAACAAUACUCCGUGCAUGUUGGUCAUGUUAUCUUCCGGAAGAUGCUUUCUCGACUGAGUUCGAGACAGCUGCAAUACAUCUACCCAUCCACCAGAUCCGCAUACGAGACAUUCAUGAAGCAUAAGGGUCUUCCACCGGAGACGGUGACGCUCCAGCACGGGGCAACGGGUCACUGGAUUGGGAACAAGAAUGCCACCAACGUGGUGAUCUAUUUUCAUGGAGGCGGAUUCGCCGUCUCCGCUAUAUCAGGCCAUUUCGCAUUCUACUUUCAAAUCCUAUCUGAUCUCAAUACCUCCGACCAUGAUAUCGCCAUAUUCUUCGUCUCGUAUUCUCUCACGCCGACAUACACCUACCCCGUACAACUGCGCCAGUCCGUCGAAGCCCUGCGAUACAUUAUCCUCGAGACGGGCCGAUCCCCAAGUAACGUCAUAGUGGGCGGCGAUUCCGCCGGUGGGAAUCUCGCGCUGACGGUCCUGCUGCAUCUCUCACAUCCACAUCCGGAGAUCGAGCCUUUGGAUGGGUACAUCACGAGCCCGUUAGCUGGGGUGUUUGCGUUUGCGCCGUGGGUGCGGUUCCGUACCGACUGGCCUUCGAUCCAGGAGAAUCAGUCCAAGGAUCUGAUUUCGGGUCCAGUGCUGGAGUUCUGGGCGAAGGAGUACCUGGGGGGAUUCACGGGUGAUGUUUGGAGUGAGCCGGGUAGGGCGUCGCUUGAGUGGUGGAUGGAUGCGAGUAGAUAUACAAAGAAGGUGUUGUUCCUGGCGGGGAGAGAUGAGAUCCUGUUUUCGGGGAUUGAGGAGUUUGUUAAGAAGUUUAAGUCGGUAGUGCCUCACGUCACGUAUAUCGUGGGCCACGAGGAAACCCACGUUGCACCUGUCUAUAGUGCGACGUUUCUAGGGCAGGAGACGCAGCAGGGAAGGGGACUGAAAGACUGGCUGGGAACUUGCUUUUAA